UUUUCAUCCAUAUCACUUUUCACUUUUUCCCGGUUUUCCUCAAACUCGGAGGUGCUGCUUCUUUCGGUGAAACUGGACACAGUGAAGAAGUUUCUCGCGUGCGCGUGCGUGCCUGUGAGUGAGGGGAACUCUUGUGUGUGAGUGUGUUCCGACGAGGGGGAGGCCUCCGCUUCCUCUCCCCGCCCACCGGCGCGCAGAAGGGCGGCAGAGGGCGAGCCAGAGCCGAGUGAGUGUGAGCGCGGACAAGUAGUUGAGCUUUUCGGCCUGCUUUUCUCGCGCAAGUCGGCGGUCAUGAUCGCGUCCGAACCCGCCGCCACUCGGCCUUUCAAGCGGAUUUACUCGCCAGCCAAGAGGACGGGCUCGUCUUAACACCGAAUCAUCAUGGCCAGUCCACGCUGAGGCGAGAGCUCUCGGUGUUUCCCGGACAAUGGAGCGCCCCGGCGGGGGGAGCCAGCUGUCGAGGCUGUGCUGCUUUCUGGCCUGCCUCGCCUCCGCCUCCGCCUCCGCCUCCGCCUCGUCCCAGCUCAGCUACUCCGUCCUGGAGGAGCUGAGUCCGGGCUCCAUCGUGGGGAACAUCGCCAAGGAUCUGGGCCUGAGCCCACAGAGCAUCGCUCAAAGGGGGCUGCGGGUGGUGUCCGAAACGGACACGCAGUAUUUCGAGGUGAGGCAAGCCAGCGGAGAUUUGGUGAUCAAGCAGCAAAUCGACCGGGAGCAGAUGUGCGAGUUGAGCCCGUCCUGCUCGCUCCAGCUUCAGAUACUUCUGUCGGACCCUUUGGAGAUCCGGCGCGUGGCGGUGGACAUCGCGGACGUCAACGACAACGCUCCGCGCUUUUCCACCACCAGCGUGUCUUUGGAGGUGUCCGAGGCCGCCGCGCAGGGCACGCGCUUCCGCUUGGAGAGCGCGCACGACCCGGACGUGGGGACCAACUCUCUACGCACCUACCAGCUGGCACCAAAUGACUUUUUUAUACUGAACGUGGAGACGAAAAGCGACGGCAGCAAGUUUCCCGAGCUUGUGGUGGACAAACCCGUCGACAGGGAGGCGCGGGCGUCCUUCGAGCUGCUGCUGACGGCCGUGGAUGGCGGGCAGCCGCACAAAUCGGGCUCCACGCUGCUUCUCAUCCAAGUGUUGGACGUCAAUGACAACGCGCCCGUCUUCCAGGAGGCCGUGAACAAAGUCGGCCUGCUCGAGAACGUCGCACCCGGCACUUUAGUCACCAAACUGAACGCCACGGACGCGGAUUCGGGUCGCAACGGCCAAAUUUCCUUCAUGUUUAGCAAAUACACGCCCGAGCGUGUGGCCAAACUUUUCAACGUGGAUGCGAAGAGCGGGGAGAUUCGUGUCCGCGGCGAGGUGGAUUACGAGAAAGCCGCGUCUUACCACCUGACGGUGCAGGCCCGCGACGCGGGCUCCCCGGCCAUGGAGGGCUCCUGCAACGUCAUCAUCGACGUCAAGGACGUCAACGACAACGCGCCGGAGGUCACGCUGACGUCACUCACCAGCCCCAUCCGAGAAGACUCCGCCCCGGAAACGGUGAUUGCCCUCAUCAGCGCUCGCGAUCUGGACUCGGGCAAGAACGGGGAGAUCACUUUGAGCCUCCCGCGCGGUCUGCCCUUCAAGCUCACUUCGGCGUUCGGCUCGCACUACAGCCUCACCACGGCCGCGGCCCUGGACCGCGAGAGCCAGUCCGAGUACAAGGUGGUCAUCACGGCCACCGACGGCGGUUCCCCGCCGCUGUCGUCGCAGGCCGCCUUCGUGGUGACGCUGUCCGACGUCAACGACAACGCCCCCGCCUUCUCCCAAAGUUCCUACUCGGUGGACGUCCCUGAGAAUAACGCCGCCAGCACCCCCAUCGCUUCGGUCUCGGCCACGGACCCGGACCUGGGGGACAACGCCCGCGUCACCUACUCCAUCCUCCCCGGCGUGGUCGAGGGCUCGCCGCUCUCCUCCUACGUCUACGUGAACCCGGAGAGCGGCCACAUCUUCAGCAUGCGCUCCUUGGAUCACGAGCAGCUGAAGGCCUUCCGGAUGGAGGUCCAGGCGUGCGACGCCGGGGUGCCCCCCAGGACCGCCAACGUCACCGUGCACGUGUUCGUGACGGACGCCAACGACAACGCGCCCGUGAUCGUCCACCCCGCCGUCGCGGGAGACGGCGGCCUGCAGCUGCGCGUGCCCCCGGCCGCCGGCCCGGGCUACCUGGUCAAUAAACUGGUGGCGGUGGACGCCGACAGCGGCCACAACGCCUGGCUUUUCUACUCCAUCGCGCCCGGGCCGCAUGCGAGCAUGUUCCGGAUCGGGGCGCGCUCCGGCGACCUCCGCACGACCCGCGAAUGGGCCGAGGAGGAAGAAGGCUCCGCCUACGACAUCGCCGUCAUCGUCCAGGACAACGGCCAGCCGCCCAAGUCGGCCCGGGUCAACGUCACGGUCACGGUGGACGAGAAGGCGGCCGCGGACCACGACGCGCCAGCGAGGCCCCGCCACACGCCCUUCUCCCCGCGCGACGGGAUGUCGGACAUCACCUUGUACCUCAUCAUCUCUCUGGCCUGCGUGUCAGGCGUGUCGCUCAUCACGCUGGCCGUGCUCACGGCGCGCUGCUUGAGGCACCGCGGCCACGGCUCGGGCGACUGCUGCUGCUGCUGCUACGGUAGCCGGCGGUCCGGCCGCUACCGGCACAGACCCGGCAAGGACCCGCACCUGCAGCUCAACACGGACGGGCCCAUCCGCUACAUGGAGGUGGUGGGCGGUCCCGGGGACCCGCACACGCGCACGUACGGGCCCUGCUACUCCACCAUCUCCAGCAGGAGCGACUUUGUGUUCAUGAAGACGCCCAUGCUGAGCCCCAGCAACACGCUGAACACCACCCUCAGCAGGAAGCUCCUCAGCGGCUCGCCGGGUGAGCAAAAGCCGCCCAACAAUGACUGGCGCUUCAACCAGGGACCGAGACCAGGACCCAGCGGUCCCCACAUGCCAUACGGUACACACAUAAGAUGGACGCCGCAGAGCGGGACAAGGGCUGCCGGAGGACCCGAGGUCGCCAUGGGAACCGGCCCCUGGCCCCAACCCCCGACCGAAGCCGAGCAGCUCCAGGCCCUGAUGGCCGCGGCUAACGUGAGCGACCCGAGCGGCACCCUGGGACCCGGCACGAUGGGCCUGAGCACCCGCUACAGCCCCCAGUUCACCCUGCAACACGUGCCCGACUACCGCCAGAACGUCUACAUCCCCGGCAGCACGGCCACGCUCACCUCCAAUCCCCAGCAGCAGCAGCAGCAGCAGCAGCAGCAGCAGCAGGCCGUGGCCCAGCAGGCCGGCCAGCAGGCGCUGCCCCCGCCCCAGCCCGAGCCCCCGAAAGCCGCCCAGACUCCCGCCUCCAAGAAGAAGUCCACCAAGAAGGAGAAGAAGUAGAAAAGGAAUGCCCGAUCCGGUCUGACGAGAAGUAUAACCCCCCACACCCCAGCACGAGCUAUCGCACUGGUGCGGAGCGCUCGGACGCUUCGGUUCGGACGCUUCUUCCGAAGUGUCUGGAGGAGUCCGAAGGCGUCCAAAGCUUCUGUCAGUCGAUGUUUCUUGCUCGGGUGUGGGCGGUUUUUGUGAUUUCCUUUUGGUUUAUUUUGGCUAAGACAAGGAACCUCCCCAGGUUGAUGUAUUCAGACAAACGUUAUUGUCCUUCAUGUCGGCGUUAUCGUGCGUUGGGACGUCAGUCGUUGCGAGCACGCUCGUCGCCGUCGUAUUUCGACGUAGGCUCGGCCCUCUUGCGGGAUCUCCCAGAGACGAUAACCGUCUUCUUUUAGCGCUCUUACCAACUUCGUCUGCAUGCUCUUUAAAGGCUCAAACCACUUUGUUCUAGUUUAGAGUGGCCAACUAUGCAUUGCAAAAGAAAAACAGGAGGAGGACGCCCCCCCCCCACGGCCCCCUUGCCAAAAUCGCUGGUCAACACAAUGCACGUGGACCAUCUCCCUGACGCAAAAAUACGUAGUUUGAAAAAGUAAGACAGACGAUAAUCUCUGAUGACCUGAGCAUGUUCGUGCAAUGAGAAACCACGGGUGGUGUCCAGCUGCCCCCCCCCCCCUCCACUCCCCCAUUAAGAGCCAACCGGAAGUAUUGCACUGACGUCGGGUGUAAAUCACAUUCGGGUGAAGUAUUUGCCGUCAUUCCGUUUUGUUGCAAUAGCAUGCGUAAGAUGUGAAGUGUGGCGGGUGAGCGGGACAGAGGCGGCGCUUGUGGUGGGCGGAGCCUGUGAUAUCGUUCCGUCGGCCCGCCGAGGUGGGCGACCCUCCGUCGGCUCCACCCGCUGAAUGUACAGACGAACCGCGGGCUCGAAUCCGCCGAGCCGGGCGAAGGCGCUCGCCAUACUCGCCCUUCACCGCCAUGUCGUGACCCCCCCCCCCCCGCCCCCACCCGCUCACUUGUAAAUACACAAGUCCUGUUGACGGUGCGAGCCGAGUGUUAGCGUUGUCGGGGCCCCCGUCGCCGUCCGGCAUUUCCCCCCCCCGCCACCCCCACCCCCACCCCUUCUCCACACGGCGUGGCUCCAAACUGGAAUGUGGCGCAUUUUGGUUUUCAAGAAACGACAACAACAAGAAAAAAAUCCAAUAAAGUUCUAAAUGGAUAUCGGAGAUGUUCUUCAACACUUUGCGUUGCAAUGUAGUAACUAAGCACCACGCCAACUAACUCUACAGUGUACAUAAAAGAAAUUCAAGAUAACUUUAGAUAAGGUGACACACGUAGACUAGUUAACUUGUGAUGUGUUGCGCAUAUUUUUGUCUUCAUUUUCUCUCUCUUUUAUCACGCUGUAAAGAAACGACAAAAAAAAUCUGAAAAUCUUUCUAUCCUUGUGUAAUCUCUUUGCGGUGAUUUGAUCUUGUGCAUUCUCUUUCUGUCCAUAUGAACAAAUGACUAAAUAUUAUAUACGUGUACGUCCGUCCGCUGCUGAAUGAAUACUACUCUAUCCUGCUGUAUUAUCUUUCGUAUCAAAAGCUUUGCCCCCCCCCCUCCUCACGCCUGCCUCCCUUGCGUUAUUCUUCUUUUUCUGCUAAUAUUUAUAUUGCUGUUUUAUUUUCUCUUGAACACUGACAUUUCAAAUAAAAACAUUCCCAAAUGG